GCAGACAGACAGAUAGUAAAGAGCCGUGGAGCCAUGAGAUGAACCUAGACACGGGACAGACAAGGAGAGAGAGAGAGUGAAAGAUUUGUGCUCUAAUAAUAUCCUCCACUGACAGAUUCGAGAUACAGAGACGCUCUGGGUUAAAUAAGGGAGCACAUCUCUAUUCUGUUAUGAAUUAUCAGAUUGAGGACAACACAAUACCAACACACUGUAAGAAAACAUUGAAUAAAAGGAUUUUGCUCUCUUUUAGUUGCCAAGAUGCCUGAACAAGGGCAAGAGAGGAAAUCCAAGAUCUCAGCCUCAAGAAAGCUUAUGCUAAAGAGUCUGAUGGUGGCCAAAGCCAAGGAGGAGCUGGAUCAGGAGGUGUUGGAUAAAGAGGAGGAGAAGCAGAGGUAUCUGAUGGAGAAAGUUCCUCCUCUGCAGACACAGGGCAUGUCAUUCGCUGAGCUUCAGGAACUUUGUCAAGAGCUUCAUGCUAAGAUUGAUGUGGUGGAUGAGGAGCGCUAUGAUAUUGAAGCCAAAGUCUCACUGAAUAAGCGUGAGGUCAAAGACCUGAACAUUAAGGUUCUGGACCUGAGGGGGAAGUUCAAGCGGCCCUCCCUGAGGAGGGUGAGGGUUUCAGCAGACGCCAUCCUCCGAUCUCUCCUAGGCUCAAAGCACAAAGUCUCAAUGGACCUACGAGCCAACCUCAAAUCUGUGAAGAAAGAGGAUACUGAGAAGAAGAGGCCAGUUGAGGACAGCGACUGGAGGAAGAAUGUGGAGGCCAUGUCUGGUAUGGAAGGAAGAAAGAAGAUGUUUGAUGCGGCAAAAGGCCCCACCCAGUGAAACCUUGUCUAGUAAAGUUAACACUCAAGAUUAUGCAACGUAUUGUUUGGCAACAAAAAAGGAUUAGGUUUAGAGUUACAUACUAAAUAUACCAUUAAAUACCAGAUAUACUGUUAUUUCAGAUGUUGUUGAUAUGACAAUUGUAAUUCAUUGCAACGGCUCAGCAUUGGUGCAAAUCAUUACGCAACUUUCAUGCGGCCAAUAAGUAAAUAAUGACUAGCCUAGUUUAUCUUUUAUUAUGUCAAUAUUCAGUUAUUAGGAAGAGUCAAUGGAAGGGCGUACCAAUGUAUUAUGAGAAUAAACAAAGAGAAAUAUUCGUUGAUGUACAAUACUCAUUAUAUAUGUUUAAUCUUUCCAAAAGGUUCCCAUGCUCAGUUUGGCGUGGUUUUCGGUGAAUUAUUGUUUACGAAAGCUCAUAAUUCUGACUUGCAGUGCUGAAAUUAAACAUAUAAAAUAAAAAGCACAAAAAGCUCAUCCAAAUUGUAUGUAGGUAUGUAAUUGUACUUGCAAAAAAAGUGUAUAAUAACACAGCCAGGAUAGUGUGAUAACGUCUUUUUGCAUGCUAUAUAACAGUAAAGUGCCUGAAGAAUUUAAACAAGUGUGCUGUGUUUCUUUGUUUAGGCUAAUUUGAUGCAAAUGUUUACAUUGCCAUUGAAUCAGAUCGUGCAUAGAUGAUGAGAUAAGAAGCACAUUCAGGAAGUGAAGCGUUAACUAUGGAGGCUGUCAUCUGAAGACAGUGGACUCCAACCCUUAUUUGCAUAAUGGAUAUCUCUGUCUUCCCUGUGUUGGCAUUGGGUGGGGUGUUCAGGCCACUUAUGCAUGCUGUACUUAUUUAACGUUUAACAGUCGAAGUGCAUUGUGACAUUCCUCACUUGGAAUGUUUUUUUCUCUACUUGCAUGAGUGAAUAUAGAGGCAAUUGUAAAUGAAACAAUAUAGCGGAAACAUGCCACCAGAUUUGUCAUUCCAGUGGAGUUGCCUAUUAUUUCCUUUAAGACCAAACCCUUUAGUAUACUGGAUAUUCUACCAUGUCUUUCAUAUCGCUCUGGUCAAAGUCUAGCUGUCUCUUAUAGGUGUGGCACAGGGAAUAAAGCAAACACCUCCAGCCUUUGAGCUUCAAUGGAUUCUGAACUUUAGAGCAAAUACCACUGCGAAUAAUGACA